CAGCGUGCAGGGUCAAAGACAGCCGGCCCCCCAUGUCAGUGGUCUAGGAUGGCAAGUGAAGCCACCAACAUCCCAAGUCCUGUGGUGCGCCAGAUUGACAAGCAGUUUCUGAUUUGCAGUAUAUGCCUGGAAAGGUACAAGAAUCCCAAGGUUCUCCCCUGUCUGCACACUUUCUGCGAGAGGUGCCUGCAGAACUACAUUCCCGCCCACAGUCUAACCCUCUCCUGCCCCGUGUGCCGCCAGACCUCCAUCCUGCCCGAGAAGGGGGUGGCCGCGCUCCAGAACAACUUCUUCAUCACAAACCUGAUGGACGUGCUGCAGCGAACUCCAGGCAGCAAUGCUGAGGAGUCCUCCAUCUUGGAGACAGUCACCGCUGUGGCUGCGGGGAAGCCUCUCUCUUGCCCAAACCAUGAUGGGAAUGUGAUGGACUUUUACUGCCAGUCCUGCGAGACUGCCAUGUGUCGGGAGUGCACGGAGGGAGAGCAUGCGGAACACCCCACAGUCCCCCUCAAGGACGUGGUGGAGCAGCACAAGGCCUCACUCCAGGUCCAGCUGGACGCUGUCAACAAAAGGCUCCCAGAAAUAGAUUCUGCUCUUCAGUUCAUCUCAGAAAUCAUCCAUCAGUUAACCGACCAAAAGGCCAGCAUUGUGGAUGACAUCCAUUCUACCUUUGAUGAACUCCAGAAGACUUUAAAUGUGCGCAAGAGCGUGCUGCUUAUGGAACUGGAAGUCAACUAUGGUCUCAAACACAAAGUCCUCCAGUCGCAGCUGGAUACUCUGCUUGAGGGGCAGGAGAGUAUCAAGAGCUGCAGCAGCUUCACGGCGCAGGCCCUCAACCAUGGCACGGAGACGGAGGUGCUGCUUGUGAAGAAGCAGAUGAGCGAGAAGCUGAACGAACUGGCGGACCAGGAUUUUCCGCUGCACCCGCGAGAAAACGACCAGCUGGACUUCAUCGUGGAGACCGAGGGGCUCAAGAAGUCCAUCCACAACCUCGGGACGAUUUUAACCACCAAUGCCGUCGCCUCCGAGACGGUGGCCACGGGCGAGGGGCUGCGGCAGACCAUCAUCGGGCAGCCCAUGUCCGUUACCAUAACAACCAAGGACAAAGACGGCGAGCUGUGCAAAACGGGCAACGCCUACAUCACGGCGGAGCUGAGCACGCCCGACGGCAGCGUGGCGGACGGGGAGAUCCUGGACAACAAGAACGGCACGUACGAGUUCCUGUACACAGUACAGAAAGAGGGCGACUUCACCCUGUCCCUGCGGCUCUACGAUCAGCACAUCCGCGGCAGCCCGUUUAAGCUGAAGGUGAUCCGGUCGGCGGACGUGUCCCCCACCACCGAGGGCGUGAAGAGGCGCGUGAAGUCCCCGGGGAGCGGUCAUGUGAAGCAGAAGGCUGUGAAGAGACCCGCUAGCAUGUACAGCACCGGGAAACGAAAAGAGAAUCCCAUCGAAGACGAUCUGAUCUUCCGCGUGGGAACCAAAGGAAGAAAUAAAGGGGAAUUUACAAAUCUUCAAGGGGUAGCAGCAUCUACAAAUGGGAAGAUAUUAAUUGCAGAUAGUAACAACCAGUGCGUGCAGAUAUUUUCCAACGAUGGACAAUUCAAAAGUCGUUUUGGCAUACGAGGACGCUCUCCUGGGCAGCUGCAGCGGCCCACGGGAGUAGCUGUGCAUCCCAGUGGGGACAUAAUCAUUGCAGAUUAUGAUAAUAAAUGGGUUAGCAUCUUCUCAUCAGAUGGGAAGUUUAAGACAAAAAUCGGAUCAGGAAAGUUGAUGGGGCCCAAAGGAGUUUCUGUGGACCGCAAUGGGCACAUCAUCGUGGUGGAUAACAAGGCGUGCUGCGUGUUUAUCUUCCAGCCAAACGGGAAAAUAGUCACCAGGUUUGGUAGCCGAGGAAAUGGGGACAGGCAGUUUGCAGGUCCCCAUUUCGCAGCUGUAAAUAGCAAUAAUGAGAUUAUUGUUACAGAUUUCCAUAAUCAUUCUGUCAAGGUGUUUAAUCAGGAAGGAGAAUUCAUGUUGAAGUUUGGCUCAAAUGGAGAAGGAAAUGGGCAGUUUAAUGCUCCAACGGGUGUAGCAGUGGAUUCAAAUGGAAACAUCAUUGUAGCAGACUGGGGAAACAGCAGGAUCCAGGUUUUUGAUGGAAGUGGAUCGUUUUUGUCCUACAUUAACACAUCUGCUGACCCACUCUAUGGCCCCCAAGGCCUGGCCCUAACUUCAGACGGCCACGUGGUGGUUGCAGACUCUGGAAACCACUGUUUCAAGGUGUAUCGGUACUUACAGUAA